UGUGUGUAUGUGUGUGUAUGUAUGUAUGUGUAACGGUAUGGGCCAAGCACGGAAAGCUAGGCUGGCACUAGCCUGCUAGCUGUAUACUUCACUGCUUAGUGAGAUAAGCAACUGUGCUGCUGUACUACCGAACAGUGUUGUUCCGAAGCAGCUAGCUUUCAAAAUGCAUCGCGGAGCGUCGACCCCGGACUACCACCGAGCCCGUUUCCCGCAGCCGUAUGGUCAGCCCGGCGGAGCGCCUUUCCCCUUUAACCGUGCCGCCUUUCCCCCGUACCGGGCCGCCCUCGCUCCUCCUGCCUUCUCCAGCUCCCUUCCCGGACACCCGCCCGCCCCGCAGGGUCGCCCCACACUGCCGAAAACAGAUGCGUUUUACGAGGUAGCCCCACCAAAGCAGUUUCAGCACAGUCAUCCAGCCCAGGGAUGGAGCACUCCACAGACAGACCUGCAGAGCUUGGACGUGAGGAAAAAAGCAGAAGAAUUCCUAAGAAUCCUGGAAGCCCAAGACAGACUCGAACUGUCCACUGAAAAGUGUUCCAGAAGGGAGGAUGACGAUAUUAGGGAUGCCGGCUCCAGUACGCGGAGCAAAAGCCGAGCGAGAAGCCACACUCGCAGUAAGAGCCGGCACUGGAGCAGGAGCCAGAGUCGGGGCCAGAGCCGAGGAAGUAGUCGAAGUCGGAGCCGGAGUCGUGGCAGAAGCCGUCUGAGGGCAAAGAGUCGUGCCCAGAGCCGCAGCCGCAGCCGUGGCAGGACUGUGGUGAGGAGUAAGAGCCAGCCACGAUCUGACACCAGAAAGGACCCUCACUGGAGUACCAAAGAAUCCAGCCACAGCGGUGCCAGCACAAGUGGCCGAGGGAGCCCACCAGACCUGCUCCAGGGCCUGAAACACGUCCUGCAGAGCAAGGACCUUGAGCAGCAUCUUUCUGUGGUGAAGAGCGCCCUAUUGAGGAACCAGAUCUUGGAUGAAGUGCAAGUAAAGCAGGAAAGUCAACCUGUGGCGGAAAGCUUGCAGAAGCUUGCAGAACUCCCACAGAAGCUAUGGGAACCCGAAGCACUCUCUGACUUUGCCCAAAGUACUCUCCUUCCUCACGAGCGGGUCAGUGGGGGCGGCAGUUCUUUCGCUCGGAUCCUGUCCUGGGACGACCCCAGCCAGCAGCUGGAGGUCAAGCCCAUGUUUCCAAGCAUUGAGGAUGAGGAGGAAUUCCUUUAUGGAGAAGAAGAAGGGAAGACGAAGCCCCAGGCUGUCACUGUACCCUUAGCCCAGAGCAGGCCUUUGCAAUCCCCCAUGGAAAGUCUGCUUUCUUCAGCAGAGUCUCCAUAUCUCAGUAAGACAGUCCUGAACCAGGGCCCAGGGUUUCAGGAGCCCCAGGUUCAAGCCGUGUCCAGCCGGCAGCCUUUGGCCUUAGACCCCACCAGGGUCACCACGGAGGAGUGCGAGAAGGUAAAGAACCUGCUCAAGACCAUCGGGUUGAACCUGGGCAUGGCAGACAUCAGUAAAAUGGCAGCUAGGCUGAAACAGAAGCAGGCGGAGCAGAGAGGGGCUCCGCCCACUGCGGGGCUAGCGAUCCUCAGGCCGGCCCUGGAGACCAUGCUGUCUGUGUCUAAAGCACCCAAGUCUGAGGACAGCCGGAGUAAUCGUUCUGGAAGCAGCCAUUCCCACAGGGACUCUGACCGCACAGAGAGGCGGCGUGACGAGAAGGAGAGGAGAGAGAAACAGAUCCACAUGAAGCGGAAGGAGUACCUGGUGAAGGAGCUGGAGGGACUGCUCAAGCAGGAGGGAUCGGGAGACUUGAUCCCAGUGAUUGGUUUCUUUUGCCAGCGGUGUGAGGAGUUCUUCGGGGACCUGACUAGUGCCGAAGGACACGGCGCCUGCCACGAACGGGACCCCAUGCAGAAGAAGGCCGUGCAGGAACAGCCCAAACGACAUAAGGACAGUAAGAAGUGCGGAGAGCCCCAGCCUGGCCAGCACCCUGCACCGCUACCACGGGAUGGAGAGAGACCCCUGUCCAGGGACGCCAGGCCUGCAGAGUCACGCAGCCAUCGAGAACAAGAGCCUGGCGAGCGCAGUCCAGACAGGAAGCGUCCGAAGGACAAGAAGAGCCCACCCUCGUUUUCCUCGCACGGGCGGGACAGCAAAAAGACGGGUGAGGACAAGGGUCGUAAACAGGAGGGCGGAGAAUCUACCAAGAGCGAGAAAAAGAAAAAGAAAAAAGAGAAGAAAAUGAAGAAGAAGGAGAAAAAAAAGGAGAAGAAGAAAGAGAAAAAAAAGAAGGCGGAAAAAGCCGCCAGUGAGUAGAGGGCCUGUGCGGCGCUCCAAACGCUCGCGGCCUCACACGGGCCGGACGCUGGCGACGGGACGUCUGCGUGCCACUGUGAGCCUGCCAGGAGUUCAUCUGGUACACCUUCAUCUUCAGCUCGCUGUUCAUCAAACUACCUGAAUGGUUCAAACAUCAUUCAAGAUUCUGAAAUGACAAAAGAAAACAGUUUGUUGUUAACCAGACUGGAGUUGAGGGGGUUGUGAGAGCCACAGAUACACACACGCAUACACAACACGCAUGUACAGCACACACGUUUAUAACACACAUGCGUCACACAUACGUCACACACACAAAUAACACACGUACAGCACAUGUACGGCACACGUAUAUCAAACACAUACAGCACACAUACAGCACACAUACAACACACCUACGGCACACAUACAGCACAUACAUAAAUCACACGUAUAUUACACGUACGGCAAACACACUUCCCUUUGAAUUAUAAGGUGCUACAUUGCUGCUUUUGUUUCUGUUCUCAAAGGGUUUUUUGUUCUGAAAAAUAAAUGCUGGUGCUUAAAACA